GGUACUUACGGAAAGCAAAGCAGAGAAUCAAUUCGGCGCCGUUGGGUAAACACCCAAAAGAAAAUCAUAAUUAAAGGAAGCAAAAUUUCAAAUGAUUACAGGCGAGGGUGUGGGGGCAGACCAGAAUGAUGAAAAAGUCUUCUCUCUCUUUUUCUCAAUUUAUUGCUUCUUUCUCAUUCUCUCCAACCCACAAAACCCCCCUUCUCCCCAUUCCCCAUUCCCAUUGGCGGUGCCUCCAAUUCUUUAAUAAACCCCAAAUAAACCACUUAAUUAAUUAAUAUUCCUCAAUUAUCACUCUCGCAACUACUACUAUUAUUUUUUUUCCAUUAAUAUAAUAUCCAAAUUUUCAAACCACAAUCGUGACAUGUCGGUGAUAAUUGUUCCGCAGAUCUGCUCAGCCCUGAACUGGUCUCCCUCUGUUCUUCAUAAUUAUUCUCUCUCAGUUCAUUUGCCUCGAUGAGGAUCUCCAUUACUCAAUUGGGUUUCCCAAGAAACGUGGUUUUUUUUUUUUUUGUUAAUUCAUAAUUUUUACUCGAUUUGAUUGAAGCGUAUGGUGGGUUUUGUUUAUUUUUGGUUUUUAAGGUUGUGAUGCGAGAAAGGGUGUGUUUUGGUGGAAUCGAGAACUGGGUUUAGAGUUGUCAAUCUGAUUUUUCGAGGGUUUUUUUUUUCUUGAUUUUUGGAGCGGAAAUGUGGAUCUUGAAUAAUCUUUAUCGAGGAAUAUUGGUUUGAUUGAAAGGUUUUUCUUUUUCUUAUUGGCUCAAGUGUCCUCGAUUAGGGUUUUGCGUUUUUUUUUCUUGGGAAUAUUGAUGCGAAAAGUGAGGUGAGUUUGGGUGAAUUUCUGGGUAGUUGUUUUUGGAAUCUGGUUUGGUCCGGUUUUUGUAGUUUCAGCAUCACUCAGUUGGCCCAGGAGUGGAGAAUCGUUCCAAAAGCCUUGAGGAGAUUUUUUCAUUUAGGUUCUGAUCUCCGAUUUGACAUGGGGUGUCAGUGCUCAAAACUCGCACCAUGUUGCUGGGAUUCACAAUUCAAGGGGUCGGUUCUUGAGGCUCCUGAUGUUGAUGCAGAUAAUGGGGAGAAGAGCGAGGUUGAUUACUUGCCUGUAUUCUGUGAAUACACAUUCGAGCAACUUAAGAAUGCCACAUCUGGUUUUGCCGUAGAGAACAUCGUGUCUGAGCAUGGAGAAAAGGCUCCGAACGUUGUGUAUAAAGGGAAGCUAGAGAACCAGAGGAGAAUUGCUGUCAAGCGCUUUAACAGAGUGGCUUGGCCUGAUGCCCGACAAUUCUCGGAAGAAGCAAGAGCAGUUGGUCAGCUCCGCAACCAUAGAUUGGCAAAUUUGCUUGGUUGUUGUUGUGAAGAUAAUGAAAGGUUGCUGGUGGCGGAAUAUAUGCCCAAUGAAACACUUGCAAAACACCUUUUCCAUUGGGAAACUCAACCUAUGAAAUGGGCAAUGCGGUUAAGGGUGGUUCUACAUCUUGCCCAAGCUUUAGAAUAUUGUACAGGCAGAGGGCGUGCCCUUUACCAUGACCUUAAUGCUUAUAGAAUUUUGUUCGAUGAGGAUGGUAAUCCUAGACUCUCUUGCUUUGGCCUGAUGAAAAAUAGUAGGGAUGGAAAAAGUUAUAGUACGAAUCUGGCGUUUACUCCUCCUGAGUAUUUGAGAACUGGAAGAGUAACAGCAGAAAGUGUAAUAUAUAGCUUCGGCACUCUUUUGCUUGACCUGCUCAGUGGAAAGCAUAUCCCUCCCAGCCAUGCCCUUGAUCUGAUACGAGACAGGAAUCUGCAGAUGCUGACAGAUUCCUGCUUGGAAGGACAGUUUACUAAUGAUGAUGGAACUGAGUUAGUACGGUUAGCUUCCCGAUGUUUACAAUAUGAACCUCGAGAACGGCCAAAUCCGAAGUCAUUGGUGGCUGCUUUGACUCCUCUUCAGAAGGAAACCGAGGUUCCUUCUCAUGUAUUAAUGGGGAUUCCGCACAGUGCUUCAUUCUCUCCCCUAUCCCCACUUGGUGAAGCUUGCUCAAGAAUGGACUUGACUGCCAUACAUGAGAUCCUAGAGAGUGUUGGGUACAAAGAUGACGAAGGAAUGACAAAUGAGCUUUCAUUCCAAAUGUGGACUGAUCAAAUGCAGGAGACAUUAAAUUCUAAGAAAAAAGGUGAUGCUGCUUUCCGGCAAAAGGAUUUCAGAGCUGCCAUUGACUGUUAUACACAGUUCAUUGAUGUUGGAACCAUGGUUUCUCCAACGGUUUGUGCACGCCGUAGCUUGUGUUAUCUCAUGAGUGACAUGCCUCAAGAAGCUCUAAACGAUGCAAUGCAAGCCCAAGUCAUUUCCCCAGUAUGGCACAUCGCGUCAUAUCUGCAAGCUGCUGCCCUUACGGGACUUGGAAUGGAAAAUGAAGCACAAGCUGCCCUCAAGGACGGUACCACUCUUGAAGCCCAGAGGAACACCCCUUCUGGACAAAAGUGAAAAGCUUGUGCACGUCUGUAAAUUUCCCUCAUUUUUCUCAUUUGUAUCGCUCCUGGGGAGACAACUGCAUGGCAUGGAUUCAAGGUUUCAACUUCUGGGCAGAUCGACCAAAGCUUCGUUCAUUUCCAUAACAGUCAAAAACGACACUCCAAAUUCUUUUUCAACCAUGAGGUCAAGGGUGUCACAGGUAUGAAGAAUUCUUAGGAAAACAAGAUUUGGAUGGUUGCAGGUUUCGGCCAUUUUUUCUCUGGGCAUAUAGGGUGUCUUUCUGAAAAUUUGUUUUUCCAUUUUCUUGGGUUUGAUCAACUGUGCAUGAAAACGAUACGAACGAUCUUUCAGCCACCUCAAUUGAAGAAUAGUGAGACAACAGAUGGAACGGGGGAGGCAAGAAUUUGUUCACAAGCUUGUAAUUUGUGUACAGAAACUAUUGCCUGGUUUGUUUUUUGGUGAUGUGAAAUUGAGUGUUGCAGACAUCAAAUACUGAUUCAUCCUCUUCUUCUCUCCUACUCUUGCUAUAAUAGCUUGCUGUUAUAAUAGUUGGUGAUUUCCAGAAAUUUUAGCUAGAGAACUGUUUUGAGCA